GCGACCGCUUCGCCGCUCUGGCUCGGGACCGGAGCGCGGAGGCAUCCCUCGCAGCAGCUGCUCCCGCUGCUGCACCUGGUCAGGCAGCCUCAUUGUGGGAGAGGACUGUCAGCUGCCUGCUCUGCCUAGCCACCGUCACAUGCCUCCUGACUGGAGCUGUCCACAAACCAGCAUCUCCACAGCAUGAAUAAUUAGGUAGGCAUAAUGGAAGGCACUCACUGCACCCUCCAGCUGCAUAACCCCAUCGCCGAACUCUGCUAUAUCAGCUUCUAUCUUCCGAAAGGGGAAGUCAGAGGAUUUUCAUACAAGGGCACUGUAACUCUAGACAGAUCCAAUAACGCUUUCCAUAACUGCUACCAAGUCAGGGAGGGGCCAGACAUCACCAGCCUCAGCCAGCAGCCGAACGAACAUCCAGGCGACAUAUUUUUCAAACAGACUCCCACAAAAAACAUUCUGACAGAGCUAUACAAGCUCACAGCAGAGAAGGAGAGGCUGUUGGACAGUCUGCUGAGGUCAGACAACAUCCUCGGCGUUUCCAUGGGGAGCCAGGAGGGAAAGUUGCAGGAGCUGUCAGUAAUCCUUGCCACUGAGGAAGACUAUUUCCAGAGUGCUGGCAACUGGCACAGAGAACUCCCUGUGAGCUCUCUCAUUAGGAGGAGCACCCAAGAGAGCAAAAAGCCCCGGAGGUCUGGCAGGAGGAGAGAGAGUCCGGAGGAGCUCCGGCAGAAGAGAACCAGGAGGAAAGGGCGUGGCUGCCAGGAGUCAGCAUUUCAGAUGGGGAAGGACCAGCUCUGUUCCAGUAGCUCCCUUUCUCCUCGAGCUAGGCCUAAUCUCAGGCUCCUAGAAGAAAGAGGGAAUUUAGUUCCUCAGGGAACACUUACCUCUUCACUAAGGAGAAGAGAGAGCUGCCCAGCCAACAUCCUCAGGACACCGGAUGCAGACCUGGCCUUCGGAAACUCUGGGAGGACCUUAGAGGACACUGAUCUUGAAGGACCUCUGUCCCCUGACAGCAGCCCCACCGAGGUAGGAGAUUCUGAUGUCGGAGGGCAGCUCAAGAGUUCUCACCAGCAGGAGCCCCCACAACCAAAUGUGUCUGAAAGCCAUGGGAAACAUGCAGGGGCAGAGAGGUGGGGCAGCGGGACUCGGAAGUCAAAGUCAUUGGAGCGGACUUGCAGUAAGAAACCUGUUUCCAAAGUGGUGGCCAGGGUCCAGGAACCAUCUGCCCCAGUAAAACGAAUAGUUAGGGCGCAUCAUGACGGCAAGGGAAGGGUUGCCUUCUGCCCAGAGACCCAAACUGAGUUUAUCCCAAAAGCUGACUUCCUCACCCUCCCAGGAGGUGAGGCAGAGACUCCUAGUUCAGGGAGGCUGGAGGAGGAGCAGCGAGGGAUCAAGUCAUUGCAGUCCUCAGCCCCAGAAAGAGCCUCCAUUACCAAAGAACCAGCCAGCACCGAGGCCGCUGUGAACAAGGUUCUCCGCAAGGUGAUAGAGAGUGAGAAGUUAGACGAAGCUACUGAGGGGAAAAGGUUGGUCUUCUCUCUCAACGCAAGGGCCACCCACACUUUCCCAGAAACUCGAAGCCAAAGGAAGGCUGGGGUACCGCAGAGUGGCCGUAAAUUCUUGCUUCUAGAUCUGCCGCACGCGGUAGGUCCCGAUUCCCCACAACCCAAAUGCGAUGAGAAGAAGCCAACCCCCCAGGCUUCAGCAGCUCUUGGCAUGGUAUUUAAUAAUUCAUCGCCUCAGUCCAGCGCACACAAACGGCUGUCACCUGUUCCCUCGCCUCUGUCUCCAAGGUGCCCCAGCCCACAGCAGCACCAUAGGAUCCUCCCGCUCCCUCCACUGCCUAGUGAAGGAGAAGCUGUUUUUAAUGAGUACUCUAGUAGAAAGAACAGCGUCUCCUCUGGGUUCCCCUCUGCUGACAUCUUGGAGCCAUCAUCUUCUACGAAGGUCACGGAGACCAAAGGAGCCAGCCCUACUUCCCUCAGAGCAAGCCAAACUUGGCUGGGGUCUGAGGAAGCUUCCGAAAAAGGCUUGGGGCCAGAGAAGAUCACAGCUCCACCCCAGCACCAGUUGCCACCAGGUAUUGCCUCUGAAGGCUUUCCCUGUGACAACUUCAAUGAGCAGACGGCAAAAGACCUUCCCAAUAAGGAUGGAGGGGUUUGGGUCACAGGUUACAGAGCCGGACCACCCUGUCCAUUUCUGCUCCAUGAAGAGAAAGAAAAGACAAGUAGGGGCGAAUUGUACUUGGAUCUCAACCCUGACCAGAGCCCCACAGAGCAGGAUGACAGGACUCCAGGCAGACUCCAAGCUGUCUGGCCACCCCCAAGGACAAAGGACACAGAAGAAAAAGUGGGACUGAAGUACACUGAAGCAGAAUACCAGGCUGCUAUCCUACAUCUGAAGAGGGAGCACAAAGAAGAACUCGAAACCCUGCAGGCUCAGUUUGAACUCAAGACAUUUCACAUUCGGGGUGAGCACGCGUUAGUAACAGCAAGACUUGAAGAAGCCAUUGACAAUCUCAAGCAACAAUUAGAAAAGCGCCGGGGAGGAUGUGAGGAGAUGAGAGAUGUGUGCGUUUCCACGGAUGAUGACUCCUCUCCAAAGACCUUCAGAAACGUGUGCAUCCAGACAGACAGACAGACCUUCCUCAAGCCCUGUGAUGCUGAAAGCAAAGCAGCCAGAAGCAGCCAGAUAGUACCCAAGAAGCUGACUAUCCCCCUAACCCAGCUCUCUCCCUCAAAAGACAGCAAAGACAUCCAUGCCCCACUCCAGACCAGAGAAGGCACCUCCUCAUCAAGUCAGCAGAAGAUAUCCUCUCCAACUCCCCCCACACCACCACCACUCCCUCUGCCUCCCAUUCCUCCACCUCCGCCCCUCCCACCUGGACUUGGACCUUUGCCUCCAGCACCACCCAUCAUACCACCUGUGUGUCCUGGGUCACCGCUGCCACCUCCUCCGCCUCCUCCUCCAACUCUCGUGCCUCCAAGUGAUGGACCACCCCCACCCCCACCUCCUCCACCACCACUUCCUAAUGUCCCAGCUCUUCCUGAUAGUGGAGGUCCUCCUCCUCCUCCUCCCCCUCCUCCUCCUCCUCCUCCUCCAGGACUUGCACCCCCACCUCCUCCUGGACUGUCCUUUGGACUCAGCUCUUCUUCCAGCCAAUGUCCACGUAAACCAGCCAUUGAGCCCAGCUGUCCUAUGAAACCUUUGUAUUGGACUAGAAUACAAAUAAAUGAUAAGAGCCAAGACGCCACACCAACUUUAUGGGACUCCUUAGAAGAACCUCAUAUUAGGGACACAAGUGAAUUUGAAUAUUUAUUCUCCAAGGACACAACUCAGCAGAAGAAAAAACCCCUGUCAGAGGCCUACGAGAAGAAGAACAAAGUCAAAAAGAUCAUCAAGUUACUGGAUGGAAAGCGAUCUCAAACUGUGGGAAUCUUGAUAUCUAGUUUACAUCUAGAAAUGAAGGAUAUUCAACAGGCCAUAUUUACUGUGGAUGACUCUGUGGUUGACCUGGAGACCUUAGCAGCCUUAUAUGAAAAUCGAGCCCAGGAGGAUGAACUGACUAAAAUAAGAAAGUACUAUGAGACAUCCAAAGAAGAAGACUUGAAACUGCUGGACAAACCUGAACAAUUUUUACAUGAGCUAGCCCAGAUUCCCAAUUUUGCCGAACGUGCCCAGUGCAUAAUCUUCAGGGCUGUAUUUUCUGAGGGUAUCACAUCCUUACAUCGAAAAGUAGAGAUUGUCACACGGGCCUCGAAGGGUUUGUUGCACAUGAAGAGUGUGAAGGAUAUCUUAGCUCUCAUUCUGGCUUUUGGAAACUAUAUGAAUGGAGGAAACAGGACGCGAGGGCAAGCAGAUGGAUAUAGUUUAGAAAUUCUGCCCAAGCUCAAAGACGUCAAAAGUCGGGACAAUGGGAUGAAUCUGGUGGACUAUGUUGUGAAGUACUACCUGCGAUACUAUGAUCAGGAAGCUGGAACAGACAAGAGUGUUUUCCCACUGCCUGAACCACAGGAUUUCUUCCUGGCCUCCCAAGUCAAAUUUGAAGAUCUCAUAAAGGAUUUGAGGAAGCUGAAGCGUCAACUAGAAGCAAGUGAGCAACAGAUGAAGCUGGUGUGCAAGGAGUCCCCAAGGGAGUACCUGCAGCCUUUCAAGGACAAACUGGAGGAGUUCUUCAAGAAAGCCAAAAAAGAGCACAAGAUGGAAGAAAGUCACUUGGAGAAUGCACAGAAAAGUUUUGAAACAACAGUGGGAUAUUUUGGAAUGAAGCCAAAGACUGGAGAGAAGGAGGUCACCCCCAGCUAUGUGUUUAUGGUGUGGUUUGAGUUCUGCAGCGACUUCAAGACCAUUUGGAAGCGGGAGAGUAAGAACAUAUCUAAAGAAAGAUUGAAAAUGGCUCAGGCGUCCGUCAGCAAACUGACAUCAGAGAAGAAAGUGGAGACAAAGAAAAUCAAUCCCACUGCUAGUCUGAAAGAAAGACUGCGUCAGAAGGAAGCCAGCGUGACCACCAACUAAGAUGAAAACAGAAGGAAGUUACAAGAUGAAAGGCAACACCUCACUACUCCUGCAGACACAAGGGCCACCGGGGAGUUCCUGAAAGACCAGUUAGGGACAUUUGCUCAUCUCCUUCUGAGGCCAUCUGCAGAAAGUCCCCUGUGCCUUCUUUGAGAAGUCUCUUGUCAAUCCACAAGAACAAUGCAAAGCUAUGUAUGGGAAUACUACAGGAAUAUUUAAUUGUUUCUUGCAGAAGUCUGAAGUCCACCCAAUAAUAAGAUCAGAAGAUAUUUCAUUCCUUUCACAUUUUAUUUAAAGUGGAAAUUCUAAGCCUUCCAGUAUAUACCCUUGUCAUGGGAAAAGAGGUACAUCUGUUAUGGUGAUCCCCAAGAGAACCCAAGCCGUAUUCCUCACGCACUACAGUUUUUGUAUUGAUCUUAAUUUUUAUCCUAUUAUACCAAGAUUCUAUUGCAUUUUCACCAAAAAUAUUGAAACUUACCAGAACUGAUUUUGAAGAGGUUUAAUACUGUGUAUCUCCCAGACUAGGGAAAUGAUUUUUGAGAAGAAUGGUGGUAGUGGUGGUGGUGGUGGUGAUAUAAUGAAAUGGAAAGGAUUGAAAUUUCACAUGGGUGGAAAGAGAAUAAUAGCCAUAAACCUUAAUCUGGAGAAGAAGUUAUGAUGCUGGAAGUGAACAUCAGCUAUUGAGAUAGGCCAGUAGGGAUUCUGUGCCAACUUCUAAUAGAAAUGGGGCAAGGACAGACUUGGAUCAAGAGGACCUACUUGGGUGAGGGACCAUGUGGUUUCCAAUCCAGGGUGGACAGCAAAUGAAUGCUAUGCAGACAUGCAGAUGGGGUCUGUACUGUAGUCUACGAUUUGUAUCCUGGUCUCUCCAACCACCCCCAGCAGUGUCCAGGCAGGAGAGCAAAUGCCACUCUCCCCUUUAUCAUGACCUUGACACACGAGCACAUGAAGGAAGGUAGCCAGGGGGCAUUUGCUGUCCAAAAAAAAAAAAAAAAAAAAUGUAUGAGCAGAAAAGAGAUUGUUUACAGUAACAUGAAAGCAGAAUGCUUAUGUUGAUAUUAACAUGCGUAUGGACUGUCAGCGCCAGGUGGUGUCUUCUAACUCUGGUCCUUGCAUCACAGAGAAAAGCCACCUUGCCCUUGCCUGUUUUCCCUCUGCCAUGUGAACUUCCCUGGUGAGAAAAGAAGGAGGACUGGGCAUGAACUGAGGGUUGUAUUGAAGACUGUGGUUUUUAAGACUCUCUGUAAUGAAAGACCAUGCUUUCUUAUUGGUAGAGACAGUCUAGAGUUGCUCAGAAUCUUGUAGGUUGCCAUGUGGGGCCUGCCUCUUGCCUCAGCAGCUUUCCAGGACCUUUGAACUUGCCAGAUACCUUAAGUGUCUUCCCAGAAUCUGCCCACCUGUCAUCUGCCCCCCACCCCACCCCCCACUCAGGGACACUCUGCUAAUAGACACAAGCUAAGGAAAGCAGCACCGUAGCCUGCCAUAGUGCAAACCUUGUGAAGCAGGAGUAGCUGGCAUCUCUUAAGUCACUAAUGCCAUUUUCAUACAGGUGCUAGCUGUCAUUCUGUGGCUCAAAGGAAAGUUAUUGUCACAUGGCUGGUUUUCCUCAAAAGGAAGGGAUAGGACAAAAGAGACAAUCAAAUAUGGAACUUAGCAUAGCUAGAAGGGCAUGAUGUCACUGUUCUUUUCCUGUGGCUUUUUAUUGUUUCUCAUCAUCCUCAUCAUGAGGAAGAGCAAGAGACUUAACCAGCAGGGCAGAUUCCACUUGCAGACAUCCUUUAUUCCGUGGUGCCCUUGUUAAUACUGAAGUGCAAAAGAGAAAUGUGGUCUUGUGUAUGGAACAGGAAGCGUCUCAGCAUUCUGUGAGAUCUGCAUGGAUCCUGUGGGUGGGGUCAGUAGGAACAGAGGGUUUUCCAUGCUGUUGAUGCUACCUCAGGUCUCUAAGAUGCUCAUGAGUCAAUACAGGCGGCAUUGUCUCUCCUUUGGUCCUUCAGGACCAUAGCAGAUCCUGCAGGCUGUCAGGAAGUAGACCAUACUGUUGCGUGUUGGGAUUGGGGGGUGGGGCUCUUUGUUUCCUAACAUCCUAACUCUUAUUUUGUAGUACUUACCUUUGCCCCUUAAAAAGUCAAAGAUAAAAUCAGUUGGGUUAAGGAUGCUGCAGAGAUGGCUCAACAGGAAUACAAAGCCUUCCUGUAGAUGACCAGAGUUUGGCUUCUAGUGCCCAUGCUAAGUGGCACACAAUCAAGCAUAACUCUAUAUUGGGGAGUCUUACAUCCUCCACUGUCCUCCAUGGGCACCUGCACUCACACGCACAGACGCAAACACAGUCGUCAUGCAUGCCACCACACAAAGACAUACACAUAUGCACAUAAUUAAAAACUAAAAAUGAAUCAUAAAAAAACAAGUGGGUGCAUGAUAUGGCAAGAUAAAUGAGGGGGGGAACUAAAAAUACACUUUUGUCCCAAAUAUUUCAUUUUACAAGGUAGUUUAAAUUAUGUUAAAAAUCACUAGCAAGAAGUAUAUACUUACUUUGAUUUUUAUUUUCAUUUUCCUUUGCCUGUAUUUAUCAAAGAAAAAACUAAAAGAUGAUGGGAAAGCCUCUGUUUCUAUAGAUUUGUUAAUAUACAAACACAUUUAGUUAUUGAAUCACAAAAUGGGGACAUAUUAUCAAAUCCAAAGUGGUAACAGUGCUAAAUAAGCAUGCGUGAAAUUGAAUGGCUGUCAUGGCCAGUGGGCAGGGGCAAAGAGCCUACCAUCUCCGCCUGAGACAUCAGUUUAUACCAGGCCAUUUUUACUAUGGAUUUUCAAGAGUUUGGGAUUGUCUUGGGAAACGUAGUCUAGAAAAAGCCACGUAGAGAAUGAUGUGAUGUUCUAGAGUUGUAUGUGUCUGUGUUCUUCCUAUGAAAUCUCCUAAGGGGAGGUUAUAAGUGAGCAGAAUAUCAGGAGACCAUGAAUAUGACAAUUCAUAGUUGAACUGUGUUGGCUUGAGGGCUGCUGCUGCUCAGUAGGGUGGACUGGGUAAAGCAAUGAACUUCCAGGCAUUUGAGCUACUUCAUCUGAAUAAGGACAUCCGAAAUGCAGGUGAGUCAGUUAUAUUCCCCAGCUGACAGGGCUGUAAAAGAAUGGAUUAAUGUUUAGCUCUCACAAAGACAGAUAACCUUGGAUACAUCUUCAUCUUCUAGCUAUAUAAAGAGACAAUCCAGCUGCUUAGAAGCUGUGACCAGUACAGAAUUGACUUAAAGAAAACCACCUCCAAAAACUCAACUCAGCAUCUUUCCUGCUAUGGACUUAACCCAAGUGUUCUUAAUGUUUGUGGCAGCUGGAUUCAGGUGCAAGCAGACUCAGUUACACAACUGUAUGUGACCAAGAGGCGCAUUUUGUGUCACCCCUGCUUUCCUGUCAGCUGUUGACACCUUGUUAGGAACUCUCAUUAUUAUAUUCUCCAUUCUACACUUCCCUCCUCAAGGAUGGGCAAUCUACCAAACUCCCUCAAGAUAACCCUUUGCCAGGAAGUGGUGGAUUUAAAAGCUGAAGCACGUUUCAUGCGAAGCCAGUUCAGUGGCCUUAUUUGUUUCAAGACAAUGCCUUACAUCACAUUGAAGGAGUUUGAAUACUUAACAGGUUCCUUGGAAAUAUGGAGACAUUAACUCCAUUAACAUGGUAGCUUACUGACUGGGUCUCUUCAGCUGCUGACAGGUUUCUACCAGAAGAACACAAAAAAAGCCAACGAAGCCUUAGGCAGAACGUACUGGUCUCCAUUCCUCACUCCAUCUCAGCCCAACUCCCAACACCCCAGGGCUGACCAGCUCCAUCGAGGCCCUGUGAUUUCUCUGCUUUUCUCUUUCCUUGAGCCUGUAGCCCGCAGGAAGCCUACACUUUAUCCCAUAUUUUUGCUGUCAAAUUCUUGGUCUAGAGGAGACUGAGCUAACUUCAGCUUGUUUGUUUGCUUGCUUGCCCUUAAGGAACAGACCAAGCCUACAUACUCCGUGCACUAUACUUCAUACUACAAGCUCCAUCUGCCCUCAGAUAAUUGUCUGACUUUUUUUUUUUUAGUCUUAAGUAUAGAGGGAAUCCCCUGGAGGCUGAUCCAACUGCUUCUGUGGUUCCACGGUAUUUUUCAUGGUUCAUGCGAAACGUGAUCGCACUGGGCUGCCAAAGUACAAAUGAGUCAGUAUGCUUGGGCAGAAAUGAACAUCCCAAGGACUGGACAGGGAAUAAACAGGCUCUAGCAUAUUAGGGAUGUGACCUAGGCUGAGUGUUACCUUAAAAUGCCUUGUGCUCUCCACCUCUGAAGCUAUAAAAGUGUCAUAGAGAGAAUGCUCAUCUAAUAAACAGUGUGAGUUUCCAAUGUAUUAUCUUAUAGCAAGUAAGAAAUCAAGUAUAUAUCAGCAGAGGUUUACCAAAGUCAUACCUGCUCUCCUCCACUGUUCUCGCCCAGAGUUUUCUUCAACUUCCAUCUUAUAACACAAGGUCUUUAAAUUGUUCAUCUUAGUUAGCUUUCCCAGUCCAUACUUCUAAAACAAAACACCAGCCUCAUAGACCACUGAGCACCCAGGGAAGUUACUCUGCCCACCCAUAGCAUCACUAAUAGAUGUCCAAAAAUGAGCAGUUCUGAGAAUCGAUGGCAUGGGUUUUAAGGUAAUUAAUAUCUAUGGUAUAUUAAAAGGAACAAUCAUCAUAUACUACUUUCCAUUGACGGGCCAAAAGACAUUUAGUAUACAUUGUAGGUAUGUUUCGUGAACUACACAUACCUUUUUCCUCGUUUUAAAAAAAGUUAUACUCAUUUUUUUUUAUUUUAUGUGUAUGCCUGUCUGCCUACAUGUAUAUAUGUGGACCGCCUGUGUGCCUGGUGUCUGUAGAAGCCAGCAGGAGGUUGUUACAUCUCCUGGGCCUGGAGUUCCAAACAGUUGUGAGUGCUAGGAACAAACCUGGAUCCUCUGCAAGAGCAACAAAUACUGCUAACCCCUGAACCAUUUCUCCAGCCCCCCUUUCCUAUCAUCCAUCUCUAGAUAGAACCUAAGUAUUUCAUGUCUGACCAGCAGUCUCUGGUGGUUCUGCACAGAUUUUAGAAGGUAUUCACUACUCUUGGAAACAAACCCAUGAAGAAGAAACUCUUAAAGUGGUUCUGUCUGCACUGAUUCAAAGAGGAUUUGUGGGAAAGAAAACUAAAGGUAUGGGUUUCUUCCAAAAAUCAUGAAUUUUUCUCAUUCUACUAUUUUACAACUUGCUGAGACACAAAUACUGUGCCCCUCCUGUCCUACUGACCACUGUGUGUAUCAUCUUUGAGGGAUAUGUGCUUUUAGGAAAAAGGAUUUUUCCUUUAAGGGAGCAAUCUAAGAUACUCUCGGAAAGGCAGAAAGUUUACAAAUUAGACACUGGGUAUUCUUUAAGAACCUUUAGUGGAAGCAUGUCAUCAAUUCAUCACAGGCUUUUCCUGUCUUUGAAUUAGAAUCCAGACUAGUGUGGGAAGCAGUCUCCCUAGACUUUGAUUUAGGGAUCAUGUUUUGGCCUGGGAAAUAAGCAUUGGACUGCAUGUUUAGAAGCUCCCUGAAAUCAGUUAGCAUCCUAAUAUGAGUCAGAUGCUGCAGAAAUGUAAGGCACUUCAAGUCACCUACGGGUUGGCUUGAUUUGCUUUUUCUUAGCACCACCUGGGAUCAUGGAGGCUCCUAAGAUACAUGAGACCUUUGCAGUGUUUCCUGUCCACCUUCUGAGACAGAGGGACACCAGGAAACAGGGGAGAAGAAAGAGUGAACAAAUCCAGUGCAGUGUUUUACACAACUUUGGCCAUGAUAGUACCAGGGACAGGUUUUAAUAGAAAUUUAAGCUAUUUGUAUUACGAACAUAGGAGUGUCCACAUGUUAUAACUCUGUCCUGCAAGAGCAGGUAUUCCAGUGACACUGGCCUGUGCUUAGCUGAGUAACUUCCAGCUUCAGAUUCAGUUAUAAGUGUCACUUGCCUAAGGACCUUACUGUUCCUUCUAAGCAUCCCAGCACCUAGUGUCAUCUAGCUUUCCUCCAUCCAUACUUUGUCUUCAGCUUCCCCUUCCUUCACAUAUCACAGCCCUUCUCUCCCAAAGGGACCUUUGCAGCUUCUAGUGGACCCAAACACCCUUUACCUCUGCAGCAUAGCACAUAGUCCUCUCACACUCUGUGUUCCAGCCUUCAGUGUUUGGACAGAGCACCACUGUCACCAAGGAGCCUGCGUGAGACACACUGCUGAGACUGCCUCUUGUUAAUGUCGCCAUCACCUCAUCACUCAGGCAAAGAGGGGAAAAAUCCAUAAAAGAGGUGGAAAAUGCAUUUCGUUUUUUCAUUUUGUUCGACUUUAUUAAAAAGGUUGGGUGUUCUAGUUCUUGGUUUCUCAUAGAUUCUUAAACUAUCUAAUUAGAGAACACUUUUGAUCCAUCGCAGCAGGUCACCAGCCAUGACAAGGCUCAAUCUAAGACUCUUGGCUUCCUGCGCUGCUGGACACAUUGACCUCUGUGCAAACAUUUUGAAUUGUAAGACUUCUUAUUGCCACUCCAUUCUUGCUACUGCUCAUGAUUCAAAUGUCUACCACAAUCUUAACUGGGAUGUUGACAUUUUGUGGUUAUUUUCAGAUUAAUAGUAACUGUUAUGCUCUUAAAAGCACUCAUAGAAAGUGUAAGCAUGUGUAAGCAUGUCCUGAAUAGUUUACUAUUCUGUCAUGGUAAAACACAGCCUUUCCAUUCAAAUAUUAGGCCAAUCUGUAGGUGGAAAAUUAACCAAUAAAAUAAAGACAGCUUUGGAAAGGAGAAGGCACUUUAAAGACAUGAAACCUCUUAUUACAUGCUCUUGUAUGUUUUUAAGCAUAAUAAGCUAACUGGAUUUGGGUAUAUGCCCUUUAAGUUAAAAAUAAUAUGUAUUUCUAAUUUGCAUAUUUAAUUUUAUCAACACUGAGAAAUGUUGAUGUGUUGAAUUUGUAAAUGUAAUUUGCAACCAAAUGAAGUAUUUAUUUUUAAAAAGAAAAGGUGGAGGAACCAAUAGCAACUUGUACAUAAUGAAAAUAUGUGUGUAUAUAUAUUUUUCCUUCUUGACACUACUUGAUCAUUAUAUCAAGUGUAUUUUUGUACAUAAUAUAUAUUGGUUAGAAAAAAUUAGAUGGUCUAUUGAAAGAAAUUCUCUCUCUGCAGUAGAUUAUAUUUAUCCUAAUCUAUUGAUAUUCUGUUGGUUUGUUUUAAGAGAUAGAACUCUAUUUUUUUGAACUUCCAGAGAAUUGCAUUCAUGGCUUCCACUUGUAAAUAUGCUAAGGGUAUUUUAAUAAAUCUUGGUUUC